AAAAACUGUUUUUCUAAUGAAGAAUGGAAGGUAUCAUAAUAUUUCUUCAAUUUGUACACAUUUAAUACUUUUAAAUUCUUAAUACUGACAUGAAAUAUGUUAUGUAGAAAAAGUCAGCUGCAGGUUCUAAAAAUAGAGCAAAAGUUUCUUUUAUGCAUUCUGGUGGAACAAAAUCCUUUAUUCAAUACUUACAUGAAGAGGUAGUAUUUUUUUUUCGUAUAAUAGCAUUAAAAUAUUAUUAUAUUUUAAUUUUAUUUAUUAUUUAAAUGUAUUACAGAAAUCAAAACAAAGCAUAGGUGAUGAAGUACAACAACAAACUAUGAAGUGUGGAGAGAUCGAAAUGUUUCGAAAAACUCAUUAUACGAUUGAGAAUGGAUGGAUCAAUGAAAUAGCCAAGGAAAAAUAUGUAUGUUAACUUUAAAAGUUAAUAAUUUUAUUUAAUCGUUUUUGUAAAAGUAAUAAAUCAUUAUUUUAUUGUUAUUGUAGAAUGAAAUGGUUGAGUUGCGACGAGACAAACUUAUUCAAUUUGAAGAUGGCUUGCUACUAGUAGUUGAUGAGGCUGCUAUAUAUAGGCAGGUGUUAGGUGAAGGAAAAUAUGGUUGGUUACGAGGUUUAGGUCCUACACCUGGAAAAAAGAUCUCAGUGGAAUUAUCAUCCAAACAUAAAGAGAUUGAAGAAGAACGUUUGGACAAAUUAGAGAAAAUCAUUGAAGAUCUAAGGAAGGAUCAAGAUAAUAAUGUUGCAAGAAUCGUUCAAGAGAAUAUGAAAAUAUUCUAUGAAUCACAACAAGGCAGAUUAUUAGAGGAACGAUCAUCAGAGUCACCAAUCAGAAUUCCAUCAAUGGAUAAACAAAAUAGUUUUUUCACGCAACUGGAGCCAAGUAAAGAAAAAGAUCAACCCUCAUCUUCACAAAAACCCACUAAAUCGUCCUCAAAUUUAGAAGAAGUGCGAGAUUCUCCAAUUAAAUUUGAGAUUCCUAAGGACACUCCAAAGGGUGUAAAAGCUGCAUUACUAGCUGUUCGAUUUAUAAAAGCUUCACACACUUUUUCCAUGGUCAUGGACCCAGAAAUUUUGGAUAAUGAUGAAUAUUUACAUAUUUCACCUAUUGAUGUAAUUCAUCUAGGCACUAUGAAACGGAUUGGAGCUGCUUGCAUAGUAUUUUACAUUAGGAUCUUACAUGAAAAGUUGGUGAAGGCAAAUCGAGCACAAUAUUUUCGUUUCUUUCAUCCAAUUUUAGCUUUGGAUUCAUGUCAAGCACAAAAUGCAAUGACAAUGGCAGAUCGCAUGGAAGGAAUGUGGCUAUGGAAGUGA